AUGGUGACUUUAUUACCUCCUGAACUGUUGUGUUUGAUCCUGCAGAAAUGCCCUUGCCGGAGAUCACAGAUCGAGGAACUUGCGACGUACUACAAUGAAGUUUUCCCCAGUCCUUCGGUCCUCGUUGCCUACGGCCUGGAGAGCACAAGCAAGACAACAGCCAUCGUCGAAGUGCUGAGAUGCAGAGAAAUCUCACAUGGAAUCAUCAAAAGCCGGGAGUGUCUCUCCCAGAGGCACCUGCUGUCCAAGAUGUUUGCGGUCUGCGUGGGUGCGCUGGGACAGGAGAGCCAGACGGAACAUUUCGACAGGACCGACAGCAUCAACGCGCUCCUGGGCAACCUGCGCAAGCUGUCUGAACGGGUGCGCGGGAAGAAAUUCGUGGCGGUGGUCGAGGAUGCCGAUGCGCUGAAGCAGCCUGGACCAACACUGCUCCCUGCGCUGGCACGGCUGGGAGAUCUGGUCCCUGGCUUCUCAAUCAUAUUGACCUCGAGCUCCCCGAGACCGCUCAACCUGCACAAGGCCGGUGUGCCAUGUAUACACUUCCCACCCUAUACACGCUCCGAAGCGAUCUCGAUCGUCGUAUCUCGAACCACACCUUCGCUCUCAGACGGGCUCGCCGCGGCCUCUGGGGGAAUCGACGAGGCUGCGCUGUCAAAGCUAUUUGCUCAGUUCGCGGUUACAGUCUACGACAGCCUGAUCUCAUCGACUGCUGCAACAUCUAUCGAGACCUUUGGUCUGGCAUGUGAGAGGCUGUGGCCGCGGUUCAUAGAGCCGAUGGUGUCGGGUCAUGAACCGCCUGGGAGAGCGAAAUCGUGGGACUUUGCAAGACUACUGGUGCAAAAUCGCGGGUUGUUUCGGUCAGAGGGCGAGGAUGCUUUGCAGAACACGUUUCCAAGAAGACCGCUCUCAGAUGCCCCUGAAAGUGAUCGGCCUCUACAUCAUGUUUCGUCCGGGGGUGGUCCAUCAGGCUCGGAUCAUGUUAUACCAAGUGCGCCAGCAACGCCGUCAAGACGUGCCCCUUCAGAAUCCCACCAGCCGGCAUCGUUGAGGCAAGCCACCUCCAACCCAUUAUUCUCCGAACCAUCCAUGACCCGGCCGUCACUUCUCAAGCAUUUUCCAACCCUCGUGCUGCUCUCGGCAUACCUUGCAAGCCAUACGCUACCCAAGCAUGACAUCCUGCUCUUCUCCCGCCUCAGCGCGUCGUCGAGCUCGAUUAGCAGGAAAAUCCGCCGGCUGCGGCAUACGCCAACCAAAAGGAAAACGGCGUCGGCCACCCCGAGUGGCACGCCGACCAAGAAUGCCGCCGCGACCCCAUCCACAAAAUCGCGGACCAGGUCUGUGUUUGCCGCUGGGGCCCAGUCGGGCAUUCCUCGACCGUUCACGCUUGAGCGCCUCGUGGCGAUUCUCCGGGCGAUUCACCCGCAGGGCAUCCCCAACCGGCCUGGACGUGGCGUGAGUGAUCGCAUAUACCGUGAGCUUGGAGAGCUGGAGAGACUGAGGCUCGUGGUGCGGUCGACGUCUGGAUCCGGCGUGGCCAUGGGGGACGAUGCAGGAGAUGAGAAAUGGCGGGUCAAUGUAGGGAGAGAAUGGGUGGUGAACAUGGGACACCUGUGGGGGAUGGGCGUCAGUGAGUACGAAAUAGACCACGACCAGUAG